UUACGUUUUAUUGUAAUUGCAUGCGGUACCGCCGCAAUAAAUUUGCAUUGUAACUUUUCAAAACUUUUUAAUCUGUUGACUAUAAAUAACCGCGGUCUGAAAUGAGUGCCAAUGGGUUGAAGUUGAUUAAAAAACCGAAUCCUUACCCACAAGGUAUGAGAUGUCAAAAAUGUCUAGAAAUGGGUCACUGGAGUUAUGAAUGCAAAGGAAAACGAAAAUAUCUCCAUCGGUCUUCGAGGACAGUACAAUUAAAAAAAGCUUUGAAACAAAAAGAACUUGAACAAGAAAAUAAAACUUUAAGCUCAAAGUCAGAAGAAGGUAAAGAGAACGAGAAAAUUGUAGAGAUUACAAAGAAGAAGAAAAAUAAGAAGAAGAAAGAAGAAUCAAGUAGCUCAAGCAGCUCAGACUCAAGCAGCAGCGAUAGUGAAAGUAGUUCCUCGGAGUCUUCGUCCAGUGACUCUAGCAGCAGUUCCAGCUCCAGCAGUAGCUCCAGUAGCAGCAAUAGUUCUAGUAGCAGUAGCAGCAGUAGUAGCAGUUCCAGUAGCAACGACUCAAGUAGCAAGAAGAAACGACGAAAAAAGAAAUAAAUAAAUUAAGCUCAAUUUAUUUUUUUUAAAUGUAUUAUUAUCGAUAAUGAGUAUUUUCAAUAUAACUUUAUCGUACUGUAAA